CUUCUCGCUCCAGCACAGAAGGAGGCGCUGUAAGAUUCUUCAGCUUGAGUAAACAUACCAUAGAACAAAAGAAAGAAGAGCUUACAGUUUGAACCCUCAACCGAUGUUGACCAUGAAAGCGCAGGUGGAUGUGAUCUGCUGUAAAUCAGUAGGAACUGAUCUGUCCAUGCUGGAUAUUGAGGAUUUAAUCACAGAAAUCUGUCAGCUGAAGAAAGAGGUGGCGUCAUUGGAGGCAAAGCUGAGAGAAAGAGGAGAGAAUUCGGUCUGGAGUGUCAGAGAUCAGCCCACAGAGCAACUCUCUGAUCAGAGAUCCGGAAACACACAAGACUCAGAGCUCAGCCUUAGUUUGCUCUGUUAUACUGACGCUCAGGAGAACAUGUGUGACAGCCAUGGAUCUGUUGACCAAAACUCCACAGAGUCUCUGGGGUCUGACUGUAACGCUGGAGAACAGCAGAUGCCACAGACGCCAAUGAAAACGUGCUCCGUCAAACUGGUGGACUGCAGGAAUUCGAAGGAGUCGAGAGAAGAAACCACUGUGGAGAAAGUACAAAGUGACAAUGAUGAUGAUCAUGACGUCAAUUGUGAUGAUGAUGAUGAUGACUUUAAUCCCUUGGGUGAAAACACCAGUUCAUCUUCUGAUGAAGAAAUGGCCUCAACAUCCAAAGAGCAGCCGACGGCUAAGAAUUUUUCCUGCGUCACCUGUGGGAAAACAUUCAGGAAACAUGGAAAUUUAGUGAGGCAUGAGAGAAAACACUCAGAACCGAAAGAAUACACCUGCAAGAGAUGCAGCGUCAGCUUUCCUACCUUGAAAGAAAGAAGACUUCAUUCAAAAGAGCACAGCGUGAAGAGGGAGUUUCGUUGCGAGCAGUGCGGGAAGGUUUCCUUCUCUUCGGGUAAUUUGAAAAUUCACAUGAAGACGCACACUGGCGAAAAGCCUUUCCACUGCAGCGAAUGCGACAAGUAUUUCAGCACCAAACAAUCUCUUCUUGUUCAUAAGCGAAUCCACACGGGGGAAAAACCGUACAAGUGCCCUCACUGUGAGAAAAGAUUCAGAGAUGGGUCCCAUUUCAAGACACACAUGCGUUCACACGCCAGCGAGAGGCCUUACCAGUGCAGCGAAUGUGGGAAAACCUUUAAGCAGCCCAUUUGUCUAAUAUCACACCAAAAAAUACACUCUGAGAAACUGCACCAGUGCACACACUGUGACAAACGAUUCCGUCAGAUUUCUCAGCUGAAACGCCACGCGAGAAUGCACUCAGGAGAGAAACCGUACCUGUGCUUUCACUGCGGGAAGAGCUUUUCAGAUCCAGCUCAUUUCAGAGUGCAUCAGAGAAUUCACACUGGAGAAAAACCGUACCAAUGUAGUAUUUGCGGGAAGAGUUUCCGUCAACACACCAACCUACUGAAGCACCAGAGGAUUCAUACCGGAGAAAGACCGUUCAAGUGUUCUCACUGUGACAAGACGUUUGCUCGAUCAGACGUCCUGAAGAUCCAUGAGCGUGUUCAUACAGGAGAGAAACCUUACCGCUGCUCCAUCUGCGGCGAGAGAUUCGCUUAUUUAGGGGGUUUUCAGACCCACCAGAACAAACACGCUAAAGAACAAACGGCUCCAGAAUUGUCAUAGCGGCUUUCAUUGGUCAAUCUGGAAACAUGACUUAUUCAGCUCAUCCUGAAAAUGUAUAUUGAGUUUUUAAAGGGAUAGUUCACCCAGAAAUUUUGUCAUUAAUUACUCACCCUCAUAUCGUUCCCAAACCGUAAGACCUUCGUUCAUCUUCAGAGCAUAAAUUAAGAGAUUUUUGAUGCAUUCCGAGAGCUUUCUGACCCUUCCAUAAAUAGCAAGGAUCCUUACACAAGUCUCAGAAACAUAGCAAGGAGAUGCAUUAAAAAUGCAUUAAAAUAUCUUAAUUUGUGUUCAGAAGAUGAAUGAAUGUCUUACGGGUUUGGAACGACAUGGGGGUGAGUAAUUAAUGGCAGAAUUAAAAUUUUUGGGUGAACUAUCCCUUUAAUGCCAGUAGGAGGCAAAGUCACAUUGAGCUUUCAUGUGAAUUGGGAGUAGAGAUGGACUGAAUGUUGAAUGCUGUGAUUGUAGUCGUGUUUGACAAAGCAAGACAAUGAUGCUGUAACUACACCAUUCUGUGGGCAAAAGCACCUAUUCAAAAGUAGUUGUAUAUUUUAACCUUUUUUUCCAAAGCAACUUUUAAAUCUUUUGAAUAAUUUUAUGAUAUUAUAGCAGAUGUUGGCCAGGGGAACGUACAAUAGACGAGCAACUGCUAUUGAGAUGAAUGGGACUACAAAUGGAUAGCUUUCUGCAAGUGUAUUAGACCUCCGUGAUAUGCACUAAGAAAGAAAUUAUGGGAAAAAAAUGGAAAUCAUUGGUAAAUGUUAUAAAUUGCAUGUAAUGGUGCGUUAACUUGGACAUUCUGAACAUAUGUUGUUUUGGAAACGGCACACACAAGCCCUGGAACCAAGGUAAUAAUGUUUUAAUAUUGCUAUUAUUUUACGACCAGAAUCAAGCAAAUAUGGGUCUGUUAAAUGGUUAUGUUAAUUAGAAUCACAUUAAGCUUUAUAUUCUACACCAGGGAUCCUCAGAUCUGGCUCGCGAGAUCCACUUUCCAGCAGAGUUUAGCUGUAAACCAAAUCAAACACACCUCAGCAUGCUAAUGAAUGUCUUCAGGAUCACUAGAAAAUCACAGGUAGGUGAAUUUGGAGCUAAACUUUGCAGGAAAGUGGGUCUCGUGAGCCAGAUUUGAGGAUCCCUGUUCCACACACACACACACACACACUCUCUCUCUCACUCUUGUGUGUAUAUGUAUGAAGAAGGUUGGAUUUAUAGUUAAAUAGCAAUUUUGAAUAAAUGUUUCAUUUACAAUUUAUUGGAUGCAACAAACAUACAAAAUAAAAGGGAUGUACUUUUUA